CCCCAAUUCACUCCAGCCUGCAUCCAAUGUUCCUGUAGGACCUACCCCGGUUCCUGCACCCUUUUCCACACAUACGCAUCUGGGCAUGCUCUCACUGAAAGUCACAUUGCGACCGUGACAAGAUGCCUAUCGCACUCGGCCUGGAGGGCAGUGCCAAUAAACUCGGCGUGGGCAUCAUCUUCCAUCCUCCUUCUACCCCACCCUCGCCUCACGAUAGCGCACACUCCGACGAUGAGGUUCCGAAAUCGCAGUCUAAACCCUCCGCCUCCUCCCAAGUCCAGAUCUUAUGCAAUCUAAGACAUACCUUCGUCUCGCCUCCCGGCACCGGCUUCCUCCCAAAAGAUACAGCAGCCCACCACCGGCGAUGGGUCGUCCGGUUAGUGAAGCAAGCCAUCAAACAGUCCAAGAUUCAAAUCGAGGACAUCGACUGUAUAUGCUUCACCCAAGGUCCCGGAAUGGGCGCUCCUCUGUCCGCAGUAGCAAUCGCCGCGAGAAUGCUCAGUCAGUUAUGGGACAAACCACUGGUCGGCGUGAAUCAUUGCGUUGGUCACAUUGAAAUGGGCCGCACGAUCACCGGGGCAGACAAUCCGGUCGUCCUGUACGUCAGCGGCGGCAACACUCAAGUCAUCGCCUACUCUGCCCAGCGGUACAGGAUCUUCGGCGAAGCGUUGGACAUUGCGGUGGGAAAUUGUCUGGAUCGGUUUGCAAGAGUAAUAAAUAUCAGCAACGAUCCUGCGCCGGGUUACAACAUCGAACAGCUUGCGAAGAAAGGAGGGGAUGUGCUACUGGAUCUACCCUAUGCCGUCAAGGGCAUGGACGUCAGUUUCUCCGGCAUCCUGGCUAGGGCUGAGGAGAUGGCGAGGCGACUACACGCGGGGCGCAAAGGGGAGCAAGAUUUGUGGAAGGAGGGUGACAAGGUGAUUGGGGAGGAGGACUUGUGCUUCACUCUCCAGGAAACCCUCUAUGCCAUGCUGGUGGAGAUUACAGAAAGGGCGAUGGCGCAUGUGGGCGCCCGACAGGUCUUGAUCGUCGGUGGAGUUGGCUGCAAUGAGCGCUUGCAGCAGAUGAUGGGCAUGAUGGCGGCCGAUCGCGGAGGAUCGGUGUUCGCCACGGACGAGCGCUUCUGCAUCGACAAUGGUAUCAUGAUUGCGCAUGCUGGACUUCUCCAGCACAGCAUGGGCUUCCGGACGAAGCUUGAGGAGAGUUCAUGCACGCAAAGAUUUCGAACCGACGAGGUCUUGAUCAAUUGGAGGGAUUGAAAGACACCGAGGACAGCAAUCACGAAUGAUACGAAUGGUU